UUGUUGUGGUUGCACCGAGGAGGAAAGCUGGUCUGCUGGGUGCGGCGUUGGACUGUGCAGACUCCGCCGUGGACAUGCCCGGAAUAGACAAGCUGCCCAUCGAGGAGACGCUGGAGGACAGUCCCCAGACCCGGUCAUUGCUGGGUGUGUUUGAAGAAGAUGCUGCAGCGAUAUCUCGUUACUUUAACCAGUUAUAUAAAGCCAUGCACCGAAUUUAUGAUGCACAGAAUGAAUUAAGUGCAGCAACACAUUUAACUUCAAAGCUUCUUAAGGAAUAUGAGCAGCAGCGCUUUCCCUUGGGUGGUGAUGAUGAAGUUAUGAAUUCUACUCUGCAGCAAUUUGCAAAAGUGAUAGAUGAGCUCAGUUCUUGUCAUGCUGUUCUGUCAACUCAGUUAGCUGAUGCCAUGAUGUUUCCCAUUACUCAGUUCAAAGAAAGGGAUUUAAAAGAGAUACUGACUUUAAAAGAAGUUUUCCAGAUCUCAAGCAAUGAUCAUGAUGCUGCCAUCACCAGAUAUGGUCGUCUGUCAAAGAAAAGGGAGAAUGAGAAGAUCAAAUAUGAAAUUACAGAAGACGUAUAUACUUCCAGGAAGAAACAGCAUCAGACUAUGAUGCAUUAUUUUUGUGCAUUAAAUACUCUUCAGUACAAGAAGAAAAUUGCUAUGUUAGAACCUUUAUUAGGAUACAUGCAAGCACAGAUAAGCUUCUUCAAAAUGGGAUCAGAAAAUCUCACUGAACAGCUAGAAGAGUUUUUAACAAACAUUGGAACAAGUGUGCAGGAUGUUCGCAGGGAAAUGGAUCGUGAAGUUGAGACUAUGCAGCAGACUAUUGAAGAUUUGGAGGUAGCCAGUGACCCACUCUAUUUGCCUGACCCUGAUACUACAAAGUUUCCUAGCCAACGGAACCUUACUCGGAAAGCUGGUUAUCUUAAUGCAAGAAAUAAAACAGGACUCGUGUCUUCCAGUUGGGACAGGCAGUUUUAUUUCACUCAGGGUGGAAACUUAAUGAGCCAGGCGCGAGGAGAUGUGGCUGGAGGACUUGUUAUGGAUAUAGACAACUGUUCAGUCAUGGCCGUGGACUGUGAAGACAGAAGAUACUGCUUUCAGAUAAUGUCGUUUGAUGGCAAAAAGUCUUCUAUUUUGCAGGCAGAGAGCAAAAAAGAUUAUGAGGAGUGGAUAUGUACCAUAAACAACAUCUCCAAACAGAUAUACCUAAGUGAAAACCCAGAGGAAACCGCUGCCCGUGUAAAUCAAUCAGCUCUGGAGGCUGUCACUCCCUCACCUUCCUUCCAGCAGAGACACGAGAGCAUGAGGCCAGCAGUACAGUCUCGUCCUCCCACAAAUCGUACCAGCAGCACCGGGUCUAUAGGAUCGGAUUCAGCAUCUCUGUCAGCACUUUCCUUGGAUUCACUUGUUGCACCUGAUACACCUAUACAGUUUGACAUCAUUUCUCCAGUGAGCGAAGAUCAACCCGGCCAGGCAAAAACCUCAGGACAGUCAGGGAGGCGUACAAACCCUUUUGGAGAAUCUGGAGGGCUUAAAUCAGAAACAGAAGAUUCUAUCCUUCAUCAGUUAUUUAUUGUAAGAUUCCUUGGGUCCAUGGAAGUGAAGUCUGAUGAAAAUCCUGAUGUUGUUUAUGAAACUAUGCGCCAAAUACUAGCAGCUCGAGCUAUACACAACAUUUUCAGAAUGACAGAAUCACAUCUGUUAGUCACAUGUGACUGUUUAAAGUUAAUUGAUCCACAGACACAAGUUACAAGACUCAGGUUUCCUUUGCCAAAUAUAGUUCUAUAUGCGACACAUCAGGAGAACAGACGCCUUUUUGGAUUUGUGCUUCGAACUUCAUCAGGAAGACCAGAUAGCAGACCAACUUCAGUCUGUUAUAUAUUUGAAUCAAACAAUGAAGGGGAAAAGAUUUGUGACUCUGUAGGACUUGCGAAACAGAUUGCAUUUCAUGCUGAAUUGGAUCGAAGAACCUCAGAGAAACAGAAAGAAAUAGAGAAAGUGAAAGAGAAACAACAAAAAGAACUCAGCAAGCAAAAACAAAUUGAAAAGGACUUGGAAGAGCAAAGUCGUCUAAUAGCUGCUUCUAGUAGAUCUAAUCAGAGUGCUGGAGAGGGCCAAUUUGUCGUCCUUAGUAAUAGCCAGUCAGAAGACAGUGAUUUGGGAGAAGAAGGAAAGAAGAAACGUGAAUCUGAAGCAUGAGUGGGAAUCUUUGGACCUUUGUCUGGGAUGAUCUGGCAUAGAAUGCAGAAGAAACAAAGGUGGAGGUUACCUUUACUAGAUGAGACUUCAUAUUCUGAAUUUUCAAUUUUCUUUUCCUUUGCUUGCAUAAAAUAGAUACAGACUUUCAUUCUGUAAGGAAUCAUGGUUAAUGGCUGCAGCAGAAUUGGAGUGUAUGGACCUUUCUGGUUGUUAGGGAAAUCUUAAUGGGAUAGAAAUUGGCAUAAGUUAAGUAUAAUUUUACUUUCAUAUUGAAAAUGUCCUUUAAAUAAGUAUUGUGCUAUAUGCUGCUGAAUGAUUCUGAGGGUAAAUUGCAAAGGAGAAAUAUGUACGGCAAAACCAGAAAAAUCACAAUAGUGUUUUUAGAUUACAUGAAAUUUUAAUCACUGUUGUUUGAGAUUGCAGUUGAUUCUAUUGGCCUUAGUUUCUCAACAUAUGUUUAGUGACUUCCUUGAAAGAUGACUGCAAAACUAAUGCAGGUUAGAAAUUGGAGUGUGGUAUAACUGUCCACAUGAAAAUGUUUCCAUUUAAAGAUAACUCUAUGUGUUUGUCUAAGAAAUUUACAGUGAGCUUGCAAUAAAUUUCUGGCAUUCAGGCAAUCUUUGGAGACUUAGGUUUGAGAAUGUUGAUAGAAGAACUGAUUGCUGAAAGAAUUAAUAAACUAACAGUUGAGAUUAAAAAUGUAUGUGAAUUAAAUUUAGAUAUGCAGCUAAUUUAGUUUAGUUGAUAGCUGUUUUACAGGACAACUUCACUAAACAGCUUGACCUGCCAUGUAAGUGCAUGUGCAGCUUGCAUAAGCCUGCUGAACCUCUGAGAAAAAUUAGACUGAAACUUCUCAUCCUCAUCUAUUUUUAAUUAGAAAUAAAUAACACAUUUUAAAUUAUAUCACCCUAUCCUCCAAUGCCAGAUAACUCUUCAUACAAAAGAUUAUCUUCAUACAAAAGAUUAUCUGCUCCAGGCUUCUGCCAGGCCUGAAGGGGAAGGGGGAGAAAUGUGUGGGGUGAUUUUCUGCCCCCCCCCCCCCAUGUGAUGCCAAUGAUGUGCUCCCAGGGCAGGGUGCCCCCCUCCUUGUGGUAUCUACACAACUAGAUUUAACCCACUUUGAAGAAAGCUACAAAAAUGCUUCAUGGGUCAUUAUCUGGACCUUUUGAAGGACUCAUUAAUCUAAACACUCCUCUAAGACCUGGGGACGAAGUUGUCCCAUGGAACUUUGAUACUGUUCGCCAUGAAGCUUUAUGAAUAUAUAUUGAAAGGAAAUGGAUAGGGCUGCAAUAAGCUUAACAAAGAUUGUAGCUGCUAGUAGUUUCUCUUCUUUCACCACUACCUUGAAUUUCUGCAAGAAUCAACCUGUUCGUAAGGCUGAUGAAAUGCAUUUAAUGCUGCUUCACUUACUUGUGGUAAAGGAAUACUAACCUAUGUUUUAUAUUUGGGGGCAGCUUUCUAAAUUGGCAAUAUCAUAAUUAUAUCACUUUUUAAAAUGCUUAAUAAAGCCAUAUAUAAUGUUACACUGUGUGAACCUUCAAUUUGUGUUGAAGUGAAUAAUUAGUUUCUGCAAUAGACAGUGCUUAGUCUUAUAUUUUCAGAUUAAUCUCUGCCAGUUGUUACCUGCAAUCUUUGUGUGUGUAUAUAUGUAAAGAUGUUUUGUUCAUACACUGUAUUAUAUAAUAUGGAUAAUAUCUGUGUUUCCUCGAAAUAAAACUGAUGGGUUUUACCCCUGUA